AUGCUACAAGGAAUUCCAGGGCCACAGCAGGUGCUAAGCGCCUUGACGGGGACCCUGGGACUUUCAAGUCUCCUUGGACCCGGAAUUGAAUCCUCACAGAACAGCUUUCAACACUGCUCUAAGGCUGAACUGAGCUGCGCGACUCCGUAUCAUGGCCAGGACAAAUGCUGCUUCAACUAUCCCGGGGGGCAGUUCCUUCAAUCGCAGUUUUGGGACGCCGACCCGGCCAUUGGACCGGAGGAUUCCUGGACUAUCCAUGGCUUAUGGCCAGAUUACUGUAAUGGAGGUUACCCUCAAUUCUGUGAUUCAAAAAGGCGGUAUAGCAACAUCUCCCUGAUUCUGACUGACUCAGGUAGAGGGGACCUUCUGGAUGAGAUGCGAAUUUUCUGGAAAGACUGGAAGGGCGACGACCCGAAUCUGUGGGAGCAUGAGUGGAACAAACAUGGAACAUGCAUCAGUACCCUAGAGACUCACUGCUACGACAUAUACUACCCGCAACAGGAAGUGGUGGACUACUUUGAUAAGACAGUGGAGCUCUUUCACGGAUUGCCUACACACGAGAUCCUUGCCGGUGCUGGGAUUGUUCCUUCUUACACAGAGACCUACUCCCUAAGCGAGAUCCACGACGCUCUAGUGAAGGCCCAUGGGGCCGAAGUGGUGGUUAGAUGCCGCCACCACAACCUGAACGAGGCUUGGUAUUUCUUCAAUGUCGCCGGGCCUUUGCAAACGGGAAAAUUCAUCCCUGCCAACCCAGAUGGUCAAACAUCCAACUGCCCUUCCAAGGGUAUCCGGUAUCAGCCAAAGACACCUCGAAAAGAUGAACCAACCAAAACACGAGGACCCUCGGAGCCAACAAGUACCGGAACCCAGUUGAGUUCAGUGUAA